AUGGCGACGAAACCGCCACUCAUUCAGGUCCUCCCUCCCCUCAUUCUCGGUGGUGCCGGAUUCAGCCACCAGCUCACGUCGAACCCGAACCCACUACGGACGCGAGAGGUGCUGAAGCGGGCCUUUGAACUCGGACUCCGAGCGAUCGAUACCUCGGCAUAUUAUGAGCCAUCGGAAGAACUCAUCGGUGCAGCGCUGGCACAUCGCGAGAUGGCCACCUACAAGCGGCACGAAUAUUUUCUCAUGACCAAGGUUGGCCGCAUCAGUGCUACAAAGUCGGACUAUUCGCCAGCCUGGAUCCGGCACUCGGUCCAUCGAUCCCUUCAGCGGCUAAGAACGACCUACCUGGAUGUGGUAUUCUGCCACGAUAUCGAGUUUGUAUCAGAGGAAAAUGUCUUGGAAGCCAUUGGGGUUCUCUUGGAGAUGGUUGCGGUGGGGAAGAUACGAUAUGUGGGAAUAUCAGGUUAUCCGAUCGGUCUAUUGGCGAGAGUCGCCCGUCGAGCACGACAGCUGUACGGUCGACCCAUCGAUGUGAUACAGACCUGGGCGCAGUUGACACUGCAGAAUAACCGGCUUGAGCGAGAAGGAUUGCAACUAUUCAAAGACGCGGGCGUACAAUGCGUUUGCAGCUCCAGCCCACUUGCUAGUGGUCUUUUGCGCGACGAAGGCGUUCCAGUGGGUACUUUAGGGGACUGGCAUCCGGCACCAGAAGGGCUCCGACAGGCUGCACGCCAGGCGUCUCAAUACGUGAAGUCUCUGGGAGAGUCGUUGGCCAGAUUGUCCUUGCGAUAUGCUAUUAGACGUGCACAGUAUUCGUCAACGACGGAGUUCUCUGUCGCAACAAUUAUCGGUGGCACAUCCCUUACUGAAGUAGACGAAAAUAUCGCAACAGCGCUGCAGGUAUUACGCCGCGAGGAAGGUAUAUGGCAAUGGAAUUCAAAGGGUGACUCGGAGCUCGGGGAGACGGGGAGCAACGAGCAAUUGGAAGAAGAUGCGCUGAUAUCCAACGGAGUCAAGCUGAUCAUGGGUGAAUGGAGGAAUUACAGUUUCGUACAAGAACCGGAACCACAGACGGGAGGACUUUUCGUUCCCACGAAGCUGUAA